AUGGAUUUGUUGGCGGAAGAGCUUUGGAUGGAGAUUCUGGAAAAGCUGCCGACUAAAUCAUUGAUGAUAUGCACUUGCGUCUGCAAAGGAUGGCAUAAUUUGAUCUUGGACCAUAACCAUAUCACGGAUGAUAAUUGGGCUGUGGACACGUGUACGCACCGAUGUGAACACCAAGACUACUUAUUGUCAAAGAAGAAGAAGGGAGACUCGGAUGAUUCCUCCACUACUAUACUUGCUACUGUACUGUUGAGUGGUCUCGAAUUGCCUGGAUGCCUUCUCCCAAGCCGAUCAUCAUGCAAUGGAAUUCUUUGCUUUACGGAUUGGUACGGUAGACCGUUUUGUGUCUAUUUGUGCAAUCCCAUAACUCGGGAUUACUUUAGACUUCCUACACCUACUGUAUACCCGGAGGAUGAAAAGAUCUACUGUACUGAAGCAUUUGGUUUUGGUAUUGGCAACAGUAUUCAUGACUACAAGGUUGUUAGAAUAGUAAAGCAUGUCGAGGGACACCCAAACAGAUUUGCUGCCGAGAUUUACAAACUCACUACAAAUUGUUGGAGUGAGCGGUAUCGAAUCAUUAUCUUUGAUUUUCAAGGUGAGAAGUUUGAGCGGAUGGAAAUUCCGGCUCAAUGUUGGGAUCGUCGUGGUAGGAGAGUCAAUUUGACAGUUUUGCACGAUUCUAUUGCAUUACUUACAGAUCGGAGUGACUAUGAUGAAAUGGUGAUCAACAGCGAGUUUGAAGUGUGGAUGAUGAGGGAAUAUGGGAAUUCAGAGUCAUGGACUAAAACCUGUACCGUGGUGUUGCCACCCCCUCCCCACGCUACUGUACCCAGCCGUUGCAUAUUGUGGCAAAUGCCAACUUGUUGGAAUAAGGAGCUUUUGGCUGUAAGUAAGUAUGGAGAUAUGUUCUCUUAUAGUCUCCCACAAGAUGAACAACAACCACCACAACCACAACAACCACUUGGUGUUGUGAAAAAUAUCGAUCCCUACCUUGCUCGGAUUCCUCCCUCAUUUGUCAUCUUUCAACCAACUUUGGUUGCUCUUAGUGGAAGGUCAACAGGGUUCAACGGGUGGGGAGUUUGCGAGAGAUCUGGAGCCGCAUGCUAUGAUCCCCGGUUCAUCGGUAAAGGCGGUGUCGUAUUCUACUUCCAUGGCAAGAGCAACGAACAUUUUAGUUUGGUUUCCGAUACUAACUUACAAAUCAAUGCUAGAUUCAUUGGCCAUCGCCCGGCUGGCCGAACCCGGGACUACACAUGGAUUCAGGCAUUGGGUAUUCUCUUCAACUCCCAUUCUGUCUCUCUUGAGGCCACCAAAUUGUCCAAAUGGGACGACGAAAUUGACCAUCUUAAAUUCACUUACGAUGGCCAGGAAGUUUUCGUCGCGGAAGGAACUCUUGCGGAAUGGAUCUCGCAAUACGGUGAUGUUAAGAUUAAGAGAUUUGCCAACAAAAACGGUGUGAUCCUUUCUAUUCCUCAACUGGUGGAGGUUACAGCCAGGGUAGUACCCGUAACAGAGGAAGAAAACAGAGUUCAUAACUACCAAUUGCCUUCUGAUGAUUGCUUUGCUCAUCUGGAGGUGAGCUUCAAUUUCUUGGGUGUCUCUUCGAACGUUGAUGGGGUCAUCGGGCGGACUUAUCGGCCGGAUUUCGAGAAUCCGGCAAAGUUAGGAGUCGCAAUGCCUACUUUUGGAGGUGAAGAUAAGUACAGAACCACUUCACUCUUCUCUGCAGAUUGCAAAGAUUGCUUGUAUGAUCCAAACAGUAAGGUUGACGACAGAAUUGAGAAUCCAAUGUUGCUUAUGAAUAAACAUGAUCGCCUGGAUUGCUCAAGUGGAUCUUCCCGUGGGAAUGGAAUAGUCUGCAAGAAAUGA